AUGAACUGCGUAGAUGCAGGUGUGGAAUGCCAUCGUACUCGUGAAACGCGUAUUCAUCGGCCACGUGUCUCCCGUCUUGAUGCAUUGGCAGCCCGCCUGGCUAAACUCGAAGAAUCAAACUCAGCAGAAACAUCGGUCAAAGUUUCAUCAGCUGCUGCACAUAGCCAUGUAGCAUCGCCGCAGGCUAAACAUCACAGUCCUCAUGGGUCAUUUUCGAGCCAGUAUACCGACCCGGCUUACGAGAAAAAGAGAAAGCAAUAUGCCGCACACGGCGAGAGUAUUAUACUCUCUCCGCCAGAGAUUAAGCGUAAUAAAACACAAGGUGCAGUUCGACAAAAAGUUCAUGAGGAUUCUCCGGACUCGACGCGCCAUGCCAGCGAGGCUAGGGAGUUUAUCGAGCAUGAGCUCCAAUGCAACCCGGAGCUUUCGACAGAUCGACGUACUGCGCUUGAGUUGGCACGCAAGUUUGUUAGUCAAUUAACUAAUCCUGCACUACAUUGGGAGUCUGGGGAGUCUCGGGCUGCAGACCAUAUAGCUGAAGAGAGUCUGCAACCUCCUACUCUUACGCCAGAGUUGCUAUACAUGCUACUCCCAGGCCCUGAUAACAAAACCAAUUCCCAAGGGACCCUCUCCUGGCCAGAUCAUAUCUCUGACAAGGCCCUAGAACGAAUGGGACUGGCCAUAAUCGAGGGUAGUGAGUGUGAACAAGUGCUCCAAUACUACCGGAUAAGCGUACGGGUGAAAGCUAUUGCCAGUAUAUCAAAAUUGGCACCAUUGAUCUCGAGUGAACGUCUCAAGGUCCAUUUCCGCACAUUGAAAAAGCAGUAUGAGGUGGCUGCUCAAGAAGAAUUGAACCAACUCCCUUUGGCGGCAGCGCCUAGCCUUGGCUUACUCCAGUCGCUGCUAUCCGGGUCACGUUUGAUGCAAUAUCAAGGAAACAUGUCCCGUUGUUGGAUGUUCACAGCACUUGCCUCGCGAAUCAUUGUCUCGCUCGGAUACCACAACAUCACGGAUACAGAGCCCAGGAACGAGGUGGAAGGAGACAUUCAUGCCUGUGUGUAUACUUGUUAUUACUUCGACAAGACGCUCAGCUUGCUGCUCCUCCGGCCGCCGUCUCUACCAGACCUAAAAGUGGAGCCAGCUCAGUUAAUCCACGUUGAUCCCGACCUACCAACAUCGGCCAUGAUCGUUGGCAUUGUCGAAUACUCACACCUGAAGCAUACCCUUCUGGAUGUCCUACUGGAUACCAAGGUAAUGCGGGACGUGGAGAAGGCCAACAUCUUGUCCAAUCUCGUGGAGCGAGCACACUCAAUUCAUUCGAACUUGCAGACGUUUCGACGUCGUCAAGAACUAGAGUUUCCAGGAGAAUCAUGGAAUUUCCUGCGACGGGAAUGGCUCUCCAUGGAUUUCAACUACUAUUCCGUCCUGACAACCAUCAUCCGCGUACGCUCCUCUGUGCUGAAAUCCCGCUUGAUCUGCGAAGACUGUCUCUAUGCAGCCCGGGAAUCUCUUACUACCCUCCGGGCCUUGCAGGAGACAUUCUCAGGGCAUAUUACAUCCGUUGAUUCGUAUCCAUACUUCCUCACUUGGACAAUGCUGCUCUUCCCACUAGCCCCCUUCUUCGUCCUAUUCUGCAACGUCGUCGCGACAUCAGACCAGCGAGAUUUCAACAUGAUCAAGAAUAUCACUGACGAUCUGCACCAAUUCGUCGGGGCAAACCCAUCCAUCGAUAAACUGUAUCGGCUCUUCUCCAAAUUUCUGGACUUGUGUGCACCAUUGAUACAGCUGAAACCUGCACUACCACGGCCCGAGAGACCAUCGCCUGCUGUCUCUGCUGCGACCACACUUGACAACAUAAUAAGGACAGAUGGGGUUCAGAUGGAGCGUGGUGUUGAUUUUCUUGGUCCUGCCGCUACCACCACCACUAACCAGGCUUGGACAACCCCUCCGGGGUGGGAUGAUAGUCUGGUGUGGGAGUUGUUUGAUAACCAGCCUUCGUUGGGAUGGGCAGAGUCGGAUCUGUGGGAUGUCAUGGCACAGUUGCCUGCGUAA